AGAAGCACUGGCGAUGCGCGAUCAUGCGCUCAACCUGACAAAUUGAAAUGGUGCCUUGAAGUUGGGGACGCGGGUCCAGCUUGGUGGCACGUCUCUGAACCUUUUCUGUACGUCAAUCGUCCAGCAACAGAAGGCCGUGUCCUUCAAGCUUGUGCUCUUGCUGUGAGUAAAGGCAGUCACGGCUCUACAGCUAGAUCUCUCAAGCUGUGAGAUUGUGUUGUGGCUGCCUGCUGUGGGCAGUGCGGUAGUUGCAUCUGGGAAUAUUGUGCCCAUAAGCUGUUCAAAGCACAUGCAGGCACUUGCAAGAAGCUGAGGGGGCAGUGGCCCAAUUGGUGAAAUGACGCUGGCAGAGCAGAAGGCGCUGCAGUCUUUGGCCACAAUCAGCAGUGAAGUUGAUGCUCUUGCAGCGCAGGUUGAAGUGGUUGUCAAGAGUGCUGUGAUUGGCAUUACUCCCGCUCAGCAACAAAUCACGCUCUUACAUGAGCUGCUGACUCAGACUCUACUGAAACUUGAUCUUGUGAGCGGGGACGGCGAGAUCAGAGUUCAGCGCAAAGCACAGGUCGUGCGAGUGAACGGCCUGUCUUCGCAGCUGGACAGAGCCGUGCAGGGCCCAGGCGGUCCUGCGGCCUCGGGUGUAGCCCCAGUCCGCAAUUCGCAGCCUUCCCCUCCCCUCCCCACCCUGCCUGCCCCGCCCAGCCCUGCUCCUGAGCCGGCUACCCCAAUACUGCCAGCGCCAAGCAGGGGCCCCAUCCCUGCCCCGCCUCUCCCCUCGACCCCUGCCGCUAGUCCCACACUCCCUCCUGUUGCGAACGCUGCACCCUCCGCAGCCCCACCUUCCGCCAACCUCCAGGCCUCCUCCACCCCUCCCCCUCAGAAAUCGCCCACCCGGGUCAGUGGCCCUGCUGGUGCGCCAGCCAUGGCUCCUGCUCCCGCCCGGCAGCCAGGGGAGGACGUUCGCAAGAAGGCCGCGGGGAUGAUGUCGCAUGCGCUGUCGCUGAACGACGGCCUUUCUAUCACCAAGCCUCCGCCACUCCAGACGCGUCCCAGCCUGGCGUCGUCCGCCAGUGCGGCAUUCGUGGGCCAGAAGCCGCCCCCCAAGAGUGCCCCCAGCAGUGCCCCCAUCACCCCGCCCAGCAGCGCACGAGGGGCUCCCCUGGCGCCCACCAUUUCGGACCGCCUGGAUGACCUGCGGCUGGCCGCCACCCCCCCGCCUGUGGCGCAUUCCAGCAGCAUCCACGAUCUGGACUCCUUCUUUGGUGGAGGGGCCGCCAAGGCUCCCCCGCCAGCUGUGGUGCCCACUCCGGGUGCACCUGCUGCACAGCCCAGUUUUGCCAAUUUUGAGGGAGCCAGUCAAACGCAGCAGGCCGCGGGAGCACCGACUGGCGCGCCCAGCCCCACAGCACCGGCGCCUGUCCUUGUGCAAUUCCCGUCCCCCACUGGACCCAAGCUCAGCUUUGCCUCUCCCCCAAAGCCUGCGGCCCCCCAGCCUGCCCCCACUGGACCGGCUGCCAUUGGAGGCCUGCCAGGUUUUGCCCCUCCCCCACCGCGCAGGAGCAGCAGCAGCAGCAUGGCCCCUCCUGACGGUCCCUCCAGCAACAAGGCCUCGUCUCCGUCCCUUACCAGUUCUCCGCAGGAAGCCCCCAGAUCGCAGCGCCGCUCCGACUCGGUCCCUGUCCUUGGCAACCUCUCGGGCUUUGCCUCGCCCGUCCCGCCACCCAGGCCCGUCCUCAAGGAGACUGACUCCACCCGCGUGACCAGCCCUGGGGAGUCGAGCUUCUCCCCGCCCGUCGCAGCGCUGUCGUCGUUUGGCACCGACCUGCCCUCCCCUGCCACCCGCGCCGGCCUCACCCGGCCCCUCACCGGUGCGGCGCCUGGCCCAGCCGUACCCCCCCCUCCUGCGCCGGGUGUUCGCUCGUCGCUGCAGGCCAUGUCCAUAGAGGAGGCUCUGCGUGGCGCUCUGUCCAGGAGGGAAUCCGCCACCCGGCCCUCCCUUGAGUCGAGUAAAGCGGAGCCCGCGCCCGCUCCCAAGGUGGAGGCUCGCGGCCAGGCCGUGUCAGCGGCGGCUCCACCCGCCAGCUCAUCGGCGCCACCUAUGCAGGCUGGCCCCGCCGCUGCUGCCAGCGCUGCUGAUGCGUCGAGCUGGGUUGCCUUCGACUCCGACUUUGAUCCGCGCGCCUUCUCUGGUAGCACCAAGACUUCCCCGUCCGCGUCUCGGCGCAGCAGCUACGAGCUGCCGCCCCCGCCACGCCCUGCGCAGCCCCUCUUCCCGGAGGUUGCUCCCACUGGGAGCCCCGCGGAGCAGGGGCCAGCGCCGAAGCCAGCGGCCCUCGUGUCGCUGCUCGACGGCUCCCCCGUCCCAGGCCAGCCCGCAACCCCUCCCCCUGCAGAAGUCGCUGCUACCCCCGUGCCCACGCGGGCUAGCCCUACCCACAGUCAGGCCCCACCUCCAGCACAGCCCGCGGUGGUCGCGGUGCCACAGCAGGCCUCCUCCGGGCCCCAGCCCGUGUUUGCCGCUGCGUUCCCUGCGGCCGUCUUCCCUCAGCAGUCCAGUGGCAGCUGCCAGGGUGGAAGCAGUCGCUUCAGCAGGGGCCAUCCCCCGCAGGCUGCUUUACUGGCACGGCGGGGGUCCUCCCGUGGCCGGGUCGCCUUCCGUCCCGUUGGGGCUGCUUCUGGCAGCGGGGCUCCUGCGGGUGCUCCGUCCUGGGGUGAUCCGUUUAGCCCGCCUGGUCCGCCCCGGCAGAACGGCGGCCAGCCUGUGCCAGGCCCUCAGAAGGUAGUCGACCCAGGCCAGCAGCGUGCCGGGCAGCAGGAGGCAGUGUGGGGCGGUGCAGGGUCCGGGGGUGCAAGCCCAGGGUCGCAGCCGGCGCCCGGGAGCAGCCAGGCAGGACUCGCAGGGGGCAACGGUCAGGCAAGGCCUCCAUCAGCGGCGCCUGCGGGAGUCGCUGGGAGCGGGCCUCUCGAAGGGUUUGGAGAAAUGGGCCUCCGAUCGGCCCCGCAGGCUGCAGGGCGUGCGGCGUACGGUGCGAGCUGGCCACAGCGGGGGCCGGCAGGGUACUACGGGCCCGGCUUUGGGGGAGCAGGCGCACAAGGCUUUGGGCCAGGGGCGAGGGUACCUGGCUACGGGCCAGCCCCAGGGAUGACGCCUGCCUUCAGCGGGGGCCCGCCGCAGCAGGGGCUCCCCUACCAAUACGCGGCCCCAGGGCAGGCGCCGUGGCUGCAACAGGCCGGCCCGCCAGCAGCUGCUGGCGCCGGGUACGGCGGCUUUGGCGGGCAGGCGGGGACUCCAGGCGGGGCCGCAGGACAGGCGUGGCCCUACCAGCAGCGGCCGGGUGCAGGGGGCCAACUGCCGUACCAAGCCACAUAUGCUGGGGGUGGCUCACAAUUCCCGCCUUCGGCACAACAAGCGCCAGGUAUUUCGGUGCAGCCGCAAUCGAACAACGUAGGUUUUGGGUAUCAAGGAGGGUACCCAGGAGUGCCUGCAACGGGACCCGCUUGGCCGUCAAAUGGAGGCCCCGGUUCAGUGGGGACGGGAACACAGGCACCUGCGAUCCUCCCUCCCUGGAUGAUUCAGCCACAGCAGCCCGGGUCCUCGGGGGCUGGGAGCCAGGGGCAAGGGUGGUGAGCACGAGGGCCUAGCGUGACUUGCCCGUGAUGUGACAUGUCUUAAAGAACGAUUCAUCCAAAAGCCGCAAUCUCUUUGUUAGGGACAGAACGGUUACAUUCUGUAGCAAGAUUAGACAUGUUGAUCCUGUCGCCCAAUUUCAGGCUGGCAAACAUCUUCCUGAUUGAUUAACGUUCUUGUAACACGAUAAAUGAACUUACCAUUGAGCGUAGCGUGAAAUGUUCUGAAGCAUGUUCAUCUCAUGUCCAU